GGUUCAUGGGAUCUUUUUAUGGGUUCGAAAUAACGAAACGGUGAGACAACAAAUGGAAAUUUUAGCACGUAAUCAUUAUAUGUCAAAAGAAGAUAGAGAUCCGAUCGAAUGCUCGCUUUUUUAUAUGGCUCUGAGGAAACGUAAGCUCUUGUUGGGACUAUGGAGAACAGCAAAUGGUCACAAAGAACAAGCCGCUAUGUUAAAGUUCUUGGCGAAUAAUUUUGACGAACAAAGAUGGAAAACUGCUGCUUUAAAAAAUGCAUACGCAUUGUUGGGAAAACAAAGAUAUGAGUACGCGGCUGCCUUCUUCCUUUUGGGAGAUAGAUUGAGAGACGCUGUGAAUGUUUGCUUGAAACAUUUGGACGACUUUCAGUUGGCAAUCGCGAUAUGCCGUGUCUACGAAGGUGAUGAAGGGCUUGUUUUGAAGAGUAUAUUUGAAGAACAUAUAAUUCCUCUAGCUAUAAAAACAGGAGAUCGUUGGUUAGCCAGUUUGUCCUUCUGGUUCUUGAACCAAAGGGAUCGCGCGGUUAAGGCCAUAAUGGUACCCUUAGAGACUCUCUGUGAUAAUUCCAUGAUACAGUCACCCUCUCCGACGCCUACCGAGUCACCAGACGCAGCCCUCAUAGUUCUUUACAAACAACUUAAAGAAAAAUCAAUUCAGACUCUUCGUGGUGCAUCCGAGAUAUCUCCAGAAACCGAAUACUUUUUCGUGUUGCGUAGCAUUUUUGCUUAUGAUCGGAUGGGCUGUCCAUUAUUGGCCUUACACCUUGCCAAAACCUGGAGAUUUACUCAUGAAUCGAUAUCAAAAAAUCCAGAUCGUAUUUUGAAGUCUCGACGUAGAACAACGAUAUUCGAUAUACCAUUAUUGAAUCAUGACACUAGAAUAUCAAGUGGAUUUGUAAAUUUCAAUAAUUGGAGCUGGAAUAAUGAUAAUGAUUCAACGUCUCCAAUCUCGGCUGGUGGAAGAAACAGGGCUAGUGAUUUGUUUGCUGACGAACCUUCAUCUUAUUUUAACGCAUACAAUAAUUCUCCAACAACGACUUCAUUUAAUAAUGAUGCAGAUAGUGCUGAAAUUAUUUCUGGUGACUCUUGGGGAUGGAAUUCACCGAAAUCUGAUAUCUCUGCCAAUCAAAAUUUCAACUCUCGUGUUUUUUCACCCGGAGACGAUUCUUCAAGCGUAAAUACUACAGGUGAUUUUUGGAGUAGUAAUACGGAGAGUACUACUCUAUUGGAAGAUAUCGAUUUCGACGACUGUAAAGCCGAUCUUGUUAAACGUUCACUACAACAUCUUUUGGACGCGGUAACAAUUGCCUUUGAAAAUUCAAAACUAUUCGUGAGCAACCCAUAUUACAGUAAUUAUAUUGACAGAAUCAAAGACGGAUUGAAAAGUGUCUGUCAAAGUGGUUGUACGCGGAUGCAAAUCGAAGGUUAUACUCCACUUGCUAGUGCUGUUCAUGGGAGCACCGUAAACGUGAUUGGCGUAAUAAAAUCGUUUAAACAAAAAAGAAAGUGUAAUGGUUCAACUGAUUGGCAUUGUUCUUUUAUGGUGGUCGAUCAAUCGUUGCCCGACAUUGAAAGGGGAAUAUCUGUCAGUCUGUUUCGAGCUCAUAACGAAGAUUUGCCAGACAUACAAUGUCCGGGAAGUAUAUUUGUGGGGGUCAAGUUGAAGGUUGAUAAGUUCUAUGAUGCACUACAACUUAUUUCCUACAAGAAUGAAUCAACGUGCUUAGUGUUUAAAGAGAAAAUUGAAGAGAGAAUGCUUUCAUGUGCAAUGAAGCUUAGAAGCGAAGAAAUAAUCAAUUAUGCAAUAAUGUUGCAAAAAUGGUGGAUCAAUAAGAUUGGACUUCACGGUGAUGGUGGUGGUAAUAAUAAUCAGCUUCACCAUAAAGUACGACAACGACUUAAAAUACGUGAGCUCGAGAAAAAUGUAUUCUGUGAUUUAGUCGCCGAGAUCGAAGAUAAAGAUUCAACGACGGAAUUAUAUAUAACUGAUUACACAGAGAACAAAUACCUUAAUGCUUCGUCGAAGCAUAUAUUGCAAGUAUCUCUAUGGGACGAAAAUCGUCUUGAAGGUCAAAGCCUUCGAGUCGGUAUGAUGGUCUUACUUCAAAAUGUUCGCGCCAAAGUUAAUAAUUAUAACACGUUCCAAGCGGUUAUGCAUGGGGACCCAGGCACAAGAAGAUCCAGAAUAACCGUGUUGAACUCUUCAUGCCCUGAGGUGGAGGAAUUACUCAAAUGGAAAUUUCAAUUCACGAAAACUCAACAAACUAUUUGUGCGCCUGCAACGCAAAUCGAUAACAACCUGACAAAAGUGGUAAACUGUCAGGUUACUUCUAUCACUUCUAUAACUGAUAUUCUUAAAGUGCAGAAAAUAAACAAGUAUCGCACCCGAGGCAAGAUCGUAAGCUUUUUGCCGUUAAAUUUUAAGAAUUUCAUAAGACCAUUCUGUCGUAUAUGUAGCACUAUUUUGUUUGAAUGCAAAUCAGAGGCCGAGAUCGUUAAAUGUCCGACAUGUUUAAAUAAUGUGAAGUACAUCUACGACUUCUGGUUAUUGUUCAGAAGCGAGGAUGAUGUGUCAACCAUCCAGGUGAAUGUGGGCGGAAAACAUGCAAUCAACUUUUUGAAGGGAUUGAAACCUGGCAUGGCAAAGAAAAGAACUGAAACUUAUAAGAAAUUUGAGGAAUCAUUAAGAAAAUUAUUGAGGAAUCUACUAAAAAAUGAUGAUACAACUAAAUUGAUUGACUUUUGCAUUGAGUCGUAUAUAGAUAGG